CGCCCCCCCGCUUAGCGCGUCUCUUGUUGCCGCUCGGCUCGCUCUGUGUUAUUUGUCUCUGGCUUCAGGUCGCUUCCUGUGAGCGCGAGCGCGACUCGGCUGCAGUCACCCGCACAUGCUCAGGAUGAGAGAGAGAGCCGCGCGCACCGGGGCCGCCAGUGUUUCUCAGCUGUGCUGGUUACUGCAAUGAAUGGCAACACUAUCGAGGAGACCCCGAGCAGCGUAGCACCCCCUUGUGGCUGGAGGGAGUUUUGCGAGUUCCACGCGAGUGCCACAGCGCGAGACUUAGCGCAGCAGUAUCGCUGUUUCGCCAGGACGCGGCCGCCACACGAUGUGGUUUCCCCGGAGAAAUUUAGCAGGCACUUCAGCGCCAGCUUCCAGCACCACUUCCGGCGAGAGGUGGCCAAAGAGGAAGCCCCGCCCCCUCCCGUGACCGGUCAUGCGUGCGCCAUUUCAGGAGUACUCGAUUACCGGGAAGCGGGUCGGGUGGUGGGCGGAGCCUCAUUCGUCAUCCUGCCACCGAAACUGGAGCGGGAGCAGCCGCUGCAAAACUUCACUACACACAGACCAGUCGUUCUUCCCCAAGGGGUGGAGCUCGCUGAGAAUUACGCCUCGCCACCGCCAUUGCCAAGCCCCUCUCGUGUCACACAGAUUACGAGGAGCGUGUGUCAGUUUUUCAAGAGACGUUCGUCACGCGACGAUUCCGUCCAUGAAAACUCGUCCGGGGAUGAGUCGGAAAGGAGAGGCGGGUCCCCGGGGGCGGGGGAACCCUCCUCGGCUACGCCACCGCCUGGUGGCAUCAAGCUGCUGAAACAUCUGAAGCGCCUGAGGUCGCGCAGCGCAAGGUGGCGGCAGGAAACGGGAAACAUACGCAAGGAAGGACAAUUUAAGUACCUGGAGGUAAACGACACGAUUUCGGAUACCGCCCCACGCUGGACACGCUGCCGCCUGCUGGUUCGGAGGACAAACGACCGCUUCGAACUUGAGCUCUACAACCUGCCCAAGAGCUCCAGUCCGAAGCUGAGAGCGCGCUGCUCUGACAUACAGGAGGUCCGACGCUGUACCCGACUGGAGAUGCCUGACAACAUUAACACAUUCGUAUUAAAGGUUAAUAACUGUCCCAGCAGUUUCAUAUUCGAAGCUGAUGAUGAGCAACAGCUGCAGUCCUGGACUUCAGAGCUCAGAGGCUGUAGCAGCACCAGGGCGGACAUUGUGGAUGCAGAGUUGCUCUGUUUUCCUGUGACUGAUCCUGUAGCAGCAGUGAGGAGGGGGAGUGCUGAGACCGGCAGCCCGAGCUCUCCCAGCUUCCCCAUGCCGGAGCAGGCCUACCACAAGACCGAUCACUUCCUGUCCUCCUACCCCUGGUUCCACGGGCCCAUCUCCCGCGUGCGCGCCGCUUACCUGGUGCAGCACGCAGGGGUCAGAGGUCACGGCAACUUCCUGGUGAGACAGAGCGAGACGCGGAGGGGAGACUACGUCCUCACCUUCAACUACCAGGGAAGAGCCAAGCACCUGCGUCUGUCCCUGACCGAGUGGGGUCAGUGUCGCGUGCAGCACCUGCGCUUCCCCUCCGUCGUCAAUAUGCUCUCUCACUUCCGCGUCUGUCCGAUCCCGCUCGAGUGUGGAGCGGCAUGUGACGUCUUAUUGGCCAAUUACGUGCUGGCCACGCCCACCACCUCAGCUCCAUGUUCCUCCGUGGGUUCUCCGGUCUUGGUCCCGUUCUCCCGCUGUAGUUCAGAACCCAGCCUGGCUCACUGGGGCCUCGAAGCGUCCGCCCCCAUGGCCCCGCCCCACGGAGCUUCAUCCGGCCCCACCUUCCCUCCAAACAACCCUCCAGGACACGCCCCAGACUCCGGCCACAUCCGGCGCAGCGAGUCAGUGGGCCGCAGGACUCUCCUCCGCCACCCGAACCCGCUACCCCCGCUCCUGCACACCCGGGACUCAGAAUACGAGCUGGAGCCGCUCGACAGGGGGCGCAAGAGAGCCAUCGACAACCAGUACAUGUUCUUCUGAACGGGACGGACAGACAGCCUUCGGGAUAGAGACAUCCAGCAGGGGGCACUGGGGACGUCUGGAUGUCGUGGAGAAGAUGAUGGAGAGGAACUCGGGCAGUGUCUCGGUCCCUCUUAGCACACGUCCCCUCGUCCCUUUACCCCGUAGAGGGAGGUGUGUCAAAGCCACUGACUAACGAGGGGACAGUGCUGAAGACACUCCCUCUGUCUGACGGAGAAGUGGCACAAACUUACGACAUAGUGCACACUUCACACGGGCGGCGAGUGUGUGAGCGUGUGUGUGCCUGCGGACAGAACAGACAUGCACCUCACGCUCCGCAGAGACACGUGACAAUCACGUCUGCUUUGAAUGUACUUUACAAAUUUGUUUCACUAUUAUGUGUUAGCAAAAGAAAACAUUGUGUAUUUGUGUGCGUGAGUGUGCGUGCGUGAGUGUGUGUGUGUGUGUGUGUGUGUUGGAAUGUAUUUUAGACAUUCUCUGCAGUACCUGCUGGUUUAUUCAGCUCUUUUUAGCACAGCAUAAUGCGAGUAACAGGUGUGUGAUAAGAGUGUGAUCUCUCUCUGCGAGUCCAGCCCUACUGAGACGGCGUUAGUUUACAUAUUUUUCAAUUCUUUCCAAAUGAGAAAUUCUUAAAGCACUUUUCGUGUUCAGACAGCGUCAGCGUUCACGCGGGAUGAGCAGCAAGCGCAAAGACGUCUGGAACAUGAGCUAGCGUGGCCACAUGAGACGAAGUCUAAUCAAAAGAACUAGCGGAGGAGCUACAGAGGAAUAAAUGCGGCUAAUCCUCAGGUUACGCGUCUGAAGGCGUAGUUGUUUAUGCUAGCUGACAGUUUUGCACUUAUUUGUACAGCUAACCAUGUUGGCUGGUGGUAUUUGAUGUCUAAUUUGAUGAAAACUGCAGAAUAAUUUUUAUAAAUGUUUUAUCCUCAGUGUGUUAGCUAGCGCACAACGAGGUCAUCCCUGUGUUUCCAGGGUCCUAUCGUCCCCAGGGGGUAAAGUGGGGAGUAUCACAAAGGGUCCGAAGUUCCCUGAGUCUAUGUACCACAUAAUGGAAACAUGAAGGAAUAAAAAAUUAUUAUGUAAUAAACCGGAUAAUAUUCAUAAAAUAUUUUAUCUUGAGAUUGAUCACAUUUUUCUUGAACAGAAUGCGACCUGGGGAACUUAGGACCCUGGGAACACAAGAGCGCUUUUGCGCUAAAGUGACUUCCAGGCCAACUAGCAUGUUUUAAAAGAUUAGUUAUGAAAAUUUAAAAGUGCUGUAAUGUUACUUUUAAAGUAAAUAUUUAGAAUGUAAUUUGCCAUGAACUGAAAAAAAGCACUUAUUAAUUAUUAUCAUGCUCAAGCUGAGCUAGCAAAGCUAGCAUUGUGUUUGUAACAGAGUAGCAUGCUAAAACAACCUGAUCCUGAGGUGAAUUAGCAUUUGAAUUGAUUAAAUAUCAGUAAAUAAUAAUAAAUGAGGCUAAUUCGUAUGCUGUCAGCUAGCAUAGACUGGAUUAGCAGUGCUAACAAUGCUAGGCUGUUCUCACUCUAAAAGUUCGUUUACAGCCAGCUAGCUUAGCGCCACCGCAAGAAGAAAACUUACCUCAGGAACGAGAGCUCCUCUCAAGACUAUACAGAGAUCAACUCAUACUAUGUCAAUGAAAAUGAUCGUUGUGGAUUAUUAAAACCAAUUUUUUAUUUAGAAGAGAGUUCCAUGCAGACGUCUUUGCCGUAGCGACUCUGUCCCGAGUGGAGCGACGGACAGCUGGGUCUCAAAAUCCGUGAUUUAUGUGCGACCCAAACAUCCAAGCUAAGCUGUUGCCCGUCUCGUCGUAGUUCCGUGUGGAUGUGAGAGUGUUUAAUCAGAGACGUGACGCAGCACUGUGACACAGCAACGCCGUCUCGCUGAGACUGAAAGCAGCAAUAAUUUAGCAAUAAUAAUCCCCAAAGUGCCUCAGUUACCUGGAACUCAGGGGGGGCGUAGGGAAAGAGUUUUCUAACAAUAUAAAACAAAGUGUAUGGUCCGUACGCGAAUAUGCCAUAUUUUCCAGAUUACAAGACGGAAUGUUACUAGAUUACUAGAACCGGGACAGUCUAUAUUUAAACUACUUGCACAAAAUUAGAUCAGUUUUUACGACAAAAAAAGUGAUUUAAUACGUUACAAUGAUGUAGCUGUUUACACUGUCUUUAUAAGAUGCCGCUAAGCUGCUAUGUCAAAUAAUAUAGCAUUUGUUGUUGCUAUCUGAAGAUAUUCCAGUUGUUUGGGCUCUAACUCUGCCCCCUAGUGGACACACUGUUAAUCCUCUGCCUGCACAUAAGAUACGCAGGAGACUUUCCGCUCAAGUUCCCUCAAGUACAUGUAGGAAAAAAAAAACCUUUAGCAUCCUUGUGAUACAGAAACGUCAAAUUCAAUUAAUGAAACCCACAGUGUCUUGGACAUUUUAGUUUUACACCAAUUUUAUUUCCAACCAGAAAGCAUUACUAGAACUUAAAAACUCAAUUCAUGUGCAUAUGCUUUAUUUUAUUGUACUUUUUGCUAAUCAUUUGUUUUAAUAAUUAUUUUUGUAAUUUGAUUAUUUAUUCACAUUUUUAACAACUGCUCUUUCAGCUGUUAUGUAAAAUGUUGAAAUUAGCGCUAGUUGAUGUAGCUUGAGAAUCAACAUAGCACGGAUGUACGCAACAGCAAUGUAAACUUGACUAUACCACUAGGGGGACAGACUUAGUGUACGGGUUUCUUUUAAAUGGAAAAUCAAUUAGCCAAGCAACAAUGUGCAUCCUAACUGCAGAACAUUAGUAAUCUGGAAAAUAUGGUGUUCCUCGAUGGAGAUAUUUACAUUGUCCAACGCCUAAACGUCUACACGGUGUGGACGUCACGUGUGCCUUAGGGACUUCAAAGAAAAAGACGUUUCAAACAUCUGAAACGCGCAAAAUAAUCUAUCCUACCCUUAAUAAAAACUGAACUUUUUUUUAAUUUAUAUCUUAAACCAAAUACUGUUGCUUUCCACUGACACACACACGCACACUCACACCUGCACACACACUAGAACAAAGAGCUGUUAGCUAUGCUACUAUUUACAACCGCAUCUGUUAUUAAUAUUUGCCGCUAAAUCUAUUAGCAUAAAGCCUUAAGUCUGUCUCAGUCCAGGUUCAGGAGGGAAAAAAUGACGUAAACACAUCUAUACAUUAGAGAGAUCAGACCUCAGACGCGAUCUUGCUAAACUCUGGCUUCCAUAGUCAUCAUUAGACGUGUUAGCGUUUGCGCUAAUUGGCCCUUUGUGUUCGAGACUGGCUAUACCUGUUAGUGCAAUCUUUUGGAAACCAACUGACUAAAAACAGUGUAGUACUUUUUCAAGAAAAGUUUUUUGUUUGAGUUGUAUUUCUUAGCGUUAAGUAAGGCAUUUUUUUUUUUUUAUCAUUUUGCUAAUUAGCACUAGCUAAUUUAGCUAUAUCUGAAGAAAACAAUGCCUUGUGCAAGUCCAGAUGCUAACAGGAAUGACUCAGCUUCGGUCACGCUACGUUGUUAGUUUGUUAGCCACUUUAGUUGACGUUCCCUUUGUUCUGGGAGAGAGAGAGGGGAGCAGUGGAGGAGCCAGAUCUCGUCUCCCUCGCGCCUCAAAAUGGUUUUAGCUAAUCAGCUCGGUAAAAAGGAAAGCAACGGUAUCUCGAAUCUCCUGCGCUUCUCAGCCUGCUUGAUAUUUAACCUAGCGAGCGUAGUUAACCCCCCCCCAAUCACGAUGGCCUUUAAUUUCAUGGAGCAAUAAGUGCAUGUGUAUCUGUGUGUGUGUGUGUGUGUGUGUGAGUGUGAGUAUUGAAAGGAAGCAGCCAUGAGUCACUACCUCACACUGCAUUGUGGACUGUCUGCCCGGGAGCGAGUCCGGCUCCUUGAGGAGCUUCUGAAGUGAAUUCGAGAUGAAGUCAUUGAGCUGCUUCCACAUUUUUAAUCCUGAAUGUUAGUUAAAAAAACACUUAAUGUACAAAUUAAUGAUUAGAUUUAUCACGACUUUGACACACAACUUUAUAUUGGAUCUUUAUUAACAUUCCAGUGUCAUGCAGACUGGAUCACUCCAGGUAAUUCCAGUUCGGUCCGGCUUGAUCCGGUUCAACCCGGUUCAGUAUGCUGGGACUGAGGUUUUUUUUCUUUUUUUUCCCCCAUUUGUAUUCUCUCACCAGCUCCAACUCAACACUGUGUGUUUCUAAAAGGUGUUUAUUAUUUUUAUUAUAAUUAUUAUUAUUAAUAUCCUCCUGAUUAUCGUUGCCUUAUUGUGAUAAACAGGACCAGGCGGCUGGUGGUGAGAGAUGUGUGACGUGACCUGCGCUUCGGGAUCCCUACAGAACCGACCCGGUGUUCGCUUGGUUCCCGUUAAGUUAAUGUGCGAGCAGUUAAUGAAUGUAGAUCCUCCUGGUCUGUAGUCCUCACUGAUAUAAGAUUAUUCCGUUCUGUUUCGCCCCAGGUGUGAGUGCACGCAGCCUUACGCAGCUGAACAUCUGUCACAUCUGUCCACAAUAAGUUUGUUACGUUUCAGACAGCGCCAUCUCUCUGUCAGAGCAGCUUUUUGGGAUUCUCUCGUUUUCUUAAAGACUUCAUGUUCAUAAGACUAAGAUCUUUCAGUUCUGUUCCACAUUGAUUCAAGUGUAAUGAUGCACAGAGACUCGUGUGUGUGUGUGUGUGAGGGUGAGUCUCUCUGGACUGUGUCCUGUCUCUCUACUGUACUGUCCAUGUCCUGUUUUUAAGCACUGUAAACACACAGGCUUCUUCCUCUGCUAGACUCUCUACUGCUUCCAGGAUUGUAUUAGGAUUUUCUCGCGCUGUCCGUAUAACCACAUGCGUAUUUAAUUGUAUCCACUGUAUAAGUUACAUUUUCUCUGUCUGUUUUUUUUUUUUUUUUUUUAGAAAACAAAUAAUAAAAUUAAUUUUAAGAUUUUUUUAA